CGUCUUCGUCACGUGAUGGGAUCCAACAUGGCGGCGCCGUGGGGCCGCGGUGUCGCUUCCUGACGGGGGGCGGCGGCGGCGGCGGUGGCAGCCUGUGCCCGCCCCGGAGCCCCGGGAUCCCCUUCCUGCUCAGCUCCUCAGCCGGUGGAGCACCUUCCCGACCCCGGCCAUGCAGGAGAGCCAGACCAAGAGCAUGUUCGUGUCCCGGGCUCUGGAGAAGAUCCUGGCCGACAAGGAGGUGAAGCGGCCCCAGCACUCCCAGCUGCGCAGAGCCUGCCAGGUGGCGCUCGAUGAAAUUAAAGCAGAGCUAGAAAAGCAAAGACCUGGGGCUGCCGCACCACCAAAAGCAAACUUCAUCGAGGCUGACAAGUAUUUCCUUCCGUUUGAACUAGCCUGUCAAUCAAAAUCUCCACGGGUGGUCAGUACAUCACUAGACUGCUUGCAGAAACUCAUUGCAUAUGGGCACAUUACUGGAAAUGCUCCAGACAGUGGAGCCCCAGGAAAGCGCCUGAUUGACCGGAUAGUUGAAACUGUUUGCAAUUGCUUCCAGGGCCCUCAGACUGAUGAAGGGGUGCAAUUACAAAUAAUUAAGGCACUUCUUACUGCAGUGACUUCCCCACAUAUUGAAAUUCAUGAAGGCACAAUACUUCAGACAGUUAGGACAUGUUACAACAUCUAUCUGGCAAGUAAAAAUCUCAUUAAUCAGACAACUGCCAAGGCCACUCUCACUCAGAUGUUGAAUGUCAUUUUUACCCGAAUGGAGAACCAAGCGAUACAGGAGGCCAGAGAAUUAGAAAAAGCAACUCAUCCCAAACCCCAGUCUCCUGUGCUUCAGGCUGUGGCAGGAUCCCCAAAGUUUAACCGGUUAAAGCACAACCAGCUACCGAGCAAAACAUCAACUCCUGAAAGAAGUGACUUAAUGAAUGGUGAACACCAGCGGAGGGGUUCUCAUGAAGAGAGGCUAGAAAAUGGAGAAGCUCAACUAGAGGGAGGCCCUGCUUUGUCAGGUUCUGAGGAAACUCUUAUUGAAGGAGCUCAUGAAGUGGUGAAGGGCAUCUUAGAAGAUGUAGUAACAUCUGCUGUUAAAGAAGCCACAGGAAAACAUGGUAUGUUGGAAACUGAGAGAGUCCUGGGAGAAUUGGAGACCAAGGACCUUACUUCUAGUGCAAUUGAUGAAAACUCCCAAACCAAUGGAAUUGCAGAUGAUAGGCAGUCAUUAUCAUCAGCUGAUAAUCUGGAAUCAGAUACACAUGGACCUCAAGUGGCUGCUAAAUUUUCUCACAUUCUUCAGAAAGACGCCUUUCUAGUGUUCAGGUCCCUCUGCAAGCUCUCCAUGAAGCCACUAGGUGAAGGACCCCCAGAUCCCAAAUCUCAUGAGCUACGUUCAAAGGUGGUUUCCCUUCAGCUGCUUCUCUCAGUGUUGCAAAAUGCUGGCCCUGUCUUCAGGACCCAUGAAAUGUUCAUCAAUGCAAUCAAGCAAUACCUCUGUGUUGCAUUAUCCAAAAAUGGAGUUUCUUCAGUGCCUGAUGUUUUUGAGCUGUCUCUUGCCAUUUUUCUCACGCUUCUUUCAAACUUUAAGACACAUUUGAAAAUGCAGAUUGAGGUAUUUUUCAAAGAGAUUUUCUUGAACAUUUUAGAAACAUCAACAAGUUCUUUUGAGCACAAAUGGAUGGUUAUUCAGACUCUGACUAGGAUUUGUGCAGAUGCCCAGUGUGUGGUGGAUAUUUAUGUCAACUAUGACUGUGAUUUGAAUGCUGCUAAUAUUUUUGAGCGCCUUGUAAAUGAUUUGUCGAAAAUUGCUCAGGGAAGAAGUGGACAUGAAUUGGGAAUGACACCUCUGCAGGAAUUAAGUCUGAGGAAGAAAGGCCUUGAAUGUUUAGUGUCUAUACUCAAAUGCAUGGUGGAGUGGAGUAAAGACCUGUAUGUGAACCCCAACCAUCAAACAAGUCUUGGCCAGGAGAGACCAACAGAUCAAGACCUGGGAGAGCCCAAAGGUCUUGACAUCAGGAGGAGGAGUAGUGUAAGCUCCCUGGACUCCACUGUGUCCUCAGGGAUUGGAAGUGUUGGUACCCAGACCUCUGUCCCAGAUGACCCCGAGCAGUUUGAGGUUAUCAAGCAACAAAAGGAAAUCAUCGAACAUGGAAUAGAACUGUUCAACAAAAAGCCAAAGCGGGGCAUCCAGUAUCUGCAGGAGCAGGGCAUGCUUGGAACUCCAGUGGAAGAUAUUGCACAGUUUCUGCACCAAGAAGAACGCCUGGAUUCUACCCAAGUAGGAGACUUCCUGGGAGAGAGCACCAGACUCAACAAGGAGGUGAUGUAUGCCUACGUGGAUCAGCUUGAUUUCUGUGGGAAAGAUUUUGUCUCAGCUUUACGAAUAUUUCUUGAAGGUUUCCGCUUACCUGGUGAAGCUCAGAAGAUUGAUAGGUUAAUGGAGAAGUUUGCUGCAAGAUAUCUUGAAUGCAACCAAGGGCAAACUAUGUUUGCUAGUGCUGACACUGCUUAUGUCUUGGCUUAUUCAAUUAUUAUGCUCACAACAGAUUUACACAGUCCUCAGGUAAAGAAUAAAAUGACAAAAGAACAAUAUAUUAAAAUGAAUCGAGGCAUCAAUGACAGUAAAGAUCUGCCAGAGGAAUACCUCUCCACCAUUUAUGAAGAGAUAGAAGGGAAAAAAAUCGCAAUGAAAGAGACAAAAGAGCACACAAUUGCUACUAAAUCUAACAAGCAGAAUGUAGCCAGUGAAAAACAAAGGAGAUUACUUUACAAUUUGGAAAUGGAACAAAUGGCCAAAACUGCUAAAGCUUUGAUGGAAGCUGUGAGUCAUGCCAAAGCACCUUUCACAAGUGCCACACACCUGGACCAUGUCAGGCCCAUGUUCAAGCUGGUGUGGACUCCUCUGUUGGCGGCAUAUAGCAUUGGGCUUCAAAACUGUGAUGAGACUGAAGUGGCCUCUCUGUGCUUAGAAGGGAUAAGAUGUGCAAUCCGGAUAGCUUGUAUCUUUGGAAUGCAGCUGGAACGAGAUGCCUAUGUACAAGCUCUUGCUCGUUUCUCACUGUUGACUGCUAGCUCCAGUAUUACAGAGAUGAAACAGAAAAACAUCGAUACCAUAAAAACACUUAUCACAGUGGCUCAUACUGAUGGCAACUACCUUGGAAACUCCUGGCAUGAGAUCUUGAAAUGUAUUAGCCAACUGGAGCUUGCUCAGCUGAUAGGAACUGGGGUGAAGACUCGAUACUUGUCUGGAUCUGGGCGUGAAAGAGAAAGUAGCCUGAAGGGCUAUACAUCUGCUGGAGAAGAGUUCAUGGGCCUGGGAUUAGGUAACUUAGUUGGUGGUGGAGUGGAUAAAAGGCAGAUGGCCAGCAUUCAGGAAUCAGUUGGUGAGACAAGCUCUCAGAGUGUGGUCGUGGCUGUAGACAGAAUAUUUACUGGAUCUACUAGACUGGAUGGAAAUGCAAUAGUUGACUUUGUCCGCUGGCUGUGUGCUGUUUCCAUGGAUGAGCUGGCUUCACCUCAUCAUCCACGCAUGUUCAGCUUGCAGAAAAUUGUGGAAAUUUCAUACUAUAAUAUGAAUAGAAUUAGACUGCAGUGGUCACGGAUAUGGCAAGUGAUUGGAGACCAUUUUAAUAAGGUUGGCUGUAAUCCUAAUGAAGAUGUGGCCAUUUUUGCUGUUGAUUCACUGAGGCAGCUGUCCAUGAAGUUUCUUGAGAAGGGAGAGUUAGCCAAUUUCCGAUUCCAGAAGGAUUUUCUAAGGCCAUUUGAGCAUAUUAUGAAGAAAAACAGAUCACCCACCAUUCGAGACAUGGUUAUCCGCUGCAUAACUCAGAUGGUAAACUCCCAAGCUGCUAACAUUCGCUCAGGUUGGAAGAAUAUCUUUGCCGUAUUCCACCAGGCAGCUUCUGAUCAUGAUGGGAAUAUUGUGGAACUGGCGUUCCAAACAACAGGCCAUAUAGUCACAACUAUCUUUCAGCACCAUUUCCCUGCUGCAAUAGAUUCCUUUCAAGAUGCUGUGAAGUGCUUAUCUGAGUUUGCUUGCAACGCUUCUUUUCCUGAUACCAGCAUGGAAGCAAUUCGACUGAUCCGAUACUGUGGGAAAUAUGUUUCUGAAAGGCCCAGGGUGCUUCAAGAAUACACAAGUGAUGAUAUGAAUGUAGCUCCUGGAGACAGAGUCUGGGUUCGAGGCUGGUUUCCUAUCCUAUUUGAACUCUCUUGCAUUAUUAAUAGGUGCAAGUUAGAUGUUCGGACAAGAGGACUCACAGUGAUGUUUGAGAUAAUGAAGAGCUACGGUCACACUUUUGAAAAACAUUGGUGGCAGGAUCUAUUCAGAAUUGUGUUUAGAAUUUUUGACAAUAUGAAACUCCCUGAGCAGCAGUCAGAGAAAUCAGAAUGGAUGACCACAACUUGCAAUCAUGCACUUUAUGCUAUUUGUGAUGUGUUCACACAGUUUUACGAAGCUUUAAAUGAAGUUCUGCUUUCUGAUGUAUUUGCACAGUUACAUUGGUGUGUAAAACAAGAUAAUGAGCAGCUGGCCCGAUCUGGCACGAAUUGUUUAGAAAACUUGGUAAUAUCAAAUGGUGAAAAAUUCAGCCCUGAUGUUUGGGAUGAAACUUGUAAUUGUAUGCUGGACAUUUUCAAAACAACCAUUCCACACAUUUUGCUGACAUGGAGGCCUGCUGGAAUGGAGGAUGAUGCGUCAGAGAAACACUUGGAUUUGGAUUUGGACCGCCAGUCUUUAAGCAGUAUAGAUAAAAAUCCCUCCGAAAGAGGUCAGAGCCAGAUUUCUAACCCAACUGAUGACAGCUGGAAAGGUAGACCAUAUACAAACCAAAAGCUAUUUGCUGGCCUCCUGAUCAAGUGUGUGGUUCAGCUGGAAUUGAUACAGACCAUUGACAACAUAGUAUUCUAUCCAGCAACCAGCAAAAAGGAGGAUGCUGAGCACAUGGUGGCAGCUCAGAGAGACACACUGGAUGCUGAUAUUCACAUAGACACAGAAGAUCAAGGAAUGUAUAAAUACAUGUCUUCACAGCAUCUUUUUAAAUUACUAGACUGUUUGCAAGAGUCUCAUUCAUUCUCAAAGGCCUUUAACUCAAAUUAUGAACAACGAACAGUUUUGUGGAGAGCAGGAUUUAAAGGCAAAUCUAAACCCAAUCUUUUAAAACAAGAGACCAGCAGUCUGGCAUGUUGUUUAAGAAUCCUCUUCCGAAUGUAUAUUGAUGAAAACCGCAAAGAUUCCUGGGAGGAGAUACAGCAUAGACUCUUAACUGUUUGUAGUGAAGCUCUUGGUUAUUUUAUUACCGUAAAUUCAGAAAGCCAUCGAGAGGCCUGGACAAACCUGUUACUGUUACUUCUAACCAAAACACUCAAAAUAAGUGAUGAGAAGUUUAAAGCACAUGCUUCCAUGUAUUACCCCUAUCUAUGUGAAAUUAUGCAGUUUGACCUGAUCCCUGAGCUUCGAGCUGUUCUGCGGAAGUUUUUCCUCCGUAUAGGUGCCGUGUACAAAAUAUGGAUUCCAAAAGAGCCAUUACAGCUAACAGGGACACAGCUGCCAGCCUGGUAGCUCCAAGCAAGAUUGGUCAUUGCUGACCCUCUGCCAAGCUUUGGUAAUGCCUCUGUUCACAAGAGGAGAAAUGCUCAUUGGUGCUUUACUGUGAAAACCAAGGAAGCAGCAUUUUGCAUUUCGAACUGUGGUUUGGGAAAGUGUCCAUCCUACUCUGGCCAACAAGGAGCAUCUCAUAAAAGUAGCUUAACUAAGGGUUGGUAAUAUUUGAUUUAAAUUGUUGCAUACUGAGUUAAUAGUCAAAUUGAAGUCUGUUUGUUUCACCCCGUCAUUCUGUUCCUGUUUGCUGAUUCAAGUCUGUCAAAUCUGUCAUUGAAAGAUGCUGUCAUUUUCUAUCUAAUUCACUUAAUUGGUUGUAAAUGAUUUAUCGAGAGAAUUUCUAUCUUUGAAAAUACUGAAUAUACUUGUAUAGGUUUGUGCUGUUUAGAGAGUGUGUUAAUAAAAUAUAUUGUAAUGGCUCACUGCCACCUAAAAACUAGGCUGGAUUUUUUUGUUGUUGUUCUUUGAGUGUACACUAAGCUAGAUCAGGUUGGGUAUGUGUUAGCUUUGGAUCAGCUAUUGUUAGCCCAGUUUGUAGAAAGUAGGGGGAAAGGAGGUUUACCUCUUGCUGUCUGAGAGUUUUUAAAAGUAUUUUAUGAACGGCUUUUAUCAAAAGUUUAAAUGUGCUACGGUUAAGAUUGGGUGGUAACAGUGACUGUAGUGAAUGCCUCCUACCUCCCUAUGUAUUAAAUACCUUAGAGCUAAGCCAUCAAAGAAGGCAAACAUCUGAGGGAAAUUGCUCAAACUGAAGUAAGAAUAUAUGGAAAGUUAAAAAACAUUUCCAGAAUUUGUUGUCCAAUCUAUUCCCUCUUAAAUAUAGUAUAUUAAGUAAUAGUGAAGAUGUCUACAGAGUUAAUUUAUAUUUGAACAAUAAAUAUUUCAGGGCAUUUUUAUUUUUGUUACAGAACCGAAAGUGUGCCCCACUGUUAAUACCACAGCUUUGCAGGACCUGUUAGUAGUGACUUUGGGGGAGAGAGGCCUCAGACAUCACACUGAUUUCUACUCUCCAAAGUCAGUGUGCUUAAAGUGAAGUGAGCACAUGUCAAAAUGUUAGGACAGCCAGAAAACAGGAUCAUGCACUGCAGUUAAUCACCCCUGGUGACACACUUUAGAAUAGGCUCUAGAAUUCUCAUCAGACUGCUGACAGUGCAAUAACCUAACUGCGGUAUGCCUGAACUAUAGAUGUAAUGGUCUAAAAACAGUUUUCUGUUUGUAAAAAUGUGGUCAAAAGCCCGUAAUCUACAUACUGCAUCAUGAGAAGGUCACAAGCUUAAUGUGUAAUAGGCAAGGAAAAUGAAAUCCUUACUCUGUGCAAUCUGAGCCCUUUCAUCAGCUGCAUCUAGCAGCACUGAGAAUUAUAAAAAGUAUUAUUCACAAUUAUUAAAAUAUAUUUUUUUCUAACUAUGCCCUCUGAUCCUUUUAGUUGAGUUUUAAUUAAUAUAAGUUUCUGGGGCUCUAGAGGUUGAUAUCUUGGGAAACCAGUUUGUGGAUCGAUGAAUUUAGGCUUCUUUUUUGAGUAAGACUCCUGGUGCUUUUGUUAAUAAAAGUUCUCACUAAUCCUUUUUUUUUUACAGCCUUGACCAGCAGGCUUUGGCCAGCAGAAUUCUAUAUCGGGUUCUUUCUUCCUAUCCCCUAAGAGAGUUUAAUUUUAUUACCAAAGAAAUAAAGGAAUUUGGGGCCUUUAAGUUACUAAAUGCACAUAAGAAAGUUGAAUUCAGUAGAAAGGAAUAAAUAAGUAUAUUUUACCAUAAUUCAAAUAUUUUUUAAAUGUAGCCUCUAAUGUAUUUAUGUUUGAAGUCAUUGCUUCUUUACCUAGCAACAUCCAACUUAGUACAAAGACUCAUUCCCUGAUGCUGUUGUUAGAGAGAGAGAGAGAGAUUAUAUAUAUAUGUAUGUCAGCAGUUUCUGUUGAUAUUUGUUUAUUCUUAGUAUAGCCAGAAAAACCGAGCAUCUUUAUCCAUGUGCAUUCUAGUCCCCAUAAUGGCUGCCUCUUUUGCAUGGAGAUACCUUUGUGUGUGUGUUUUAGUGUGCCAUUGUUUCACCAAAUGUGAACCGUAUGAAUUUUCAGUUGUAUUAGCCACAUGCUUCCAUUGCCUCCAGUUUAUUCCUUGAAAACACAAUAUUAGGCAAAAUCACCUUAUGUAGGAGGCAGGUAGUUCCACAAAAGCCAGGUUAUAGAUGAGCAGUCAACCCAACAGUAACCAGAAUGUCCUGAUGUUAGAUGGGGUUUGGUUAUAAUGUAUUGCUAUUGCUGUUGUCAGAUGCUAUUGGCCAAGGCAUCAUUCUAUAAGCUAUUCCUGUGUUACUCUUCAAACACCUGCUCGUGAAUAACCACAAGAUUUCCCUUCUCAGAAGUCUGGGGCAGCUUUGCAAGGCUAUCCCUUUGAAUAUUUAAGCUUGAAUUUAUUUUUUUAAAUCAUUCUAAGGAAAACCUUUUUUUCAGUGUAACAUUCUAGUUUUACUGGCGAUACUCCUUUUAAAAAAGCUUGAUAUAAAGUCAUCUAGAGCAGUUUUCAUGAUGCUGGGUUGGAAAAGUGCUAUCAAGAGCACUUAGCCUCUGGUAGUAAGCUAUUAAGCACAGCCUGAUUCUUGAAUAAAUUUAUUCUUCUCCUUAGAUUACUUCCUUAAGAGUUGACAUUAUAAUCUCUGUUGUUCAAAAAUUGACUAAAUUGAUAUUUGGGUGUCUGGUUUUGGUGAAGAUUGCCAUUCAGUAAAGCAGUAGAGUAGGGAUGAAGAGCUCACAACCUUCUUUUUCACAGUGCUUUAAAUGUUGAUUGUGUCUCUAGACAAUGAUAUUCUUUAAAAUGUCAGUGUUUCAUACACCAGUUCUGUUUUUUCUUCAUUGUGAAAUGGGGAACUAUACAGCCAUGGGCAUCA